GUUAGGACGCAAUAUUAAAAGAAAAGAAACACCUAAUAUUAACAAUAUAAUUAAGAAUAGAUCCUUAUGUUUUGAAGCUAAAGCAAUCUUACCAACAGAUAGUGGGCAGAAUUGGGGAUCGAUACUUUAUGGUGUUGAUAGGGAUAAGUUUAGUUUUGAUAACAGUAAUAAAACAAGUCAUUUCUUUAGUUGGAUGGCAAUAUUCCAUUCUGGACUUCUUGAAAAGGAUGUUGUUGAUUUUAUUUUCGCAUACACACUGUUAGAAUAUGAGAAUUUAUAUCAUGUAGAAAUGUUAAAAGCAAAACAUGAAUGUGGGGUUUUUGAGCACGAUGAAUAUAUUGUGAAUAAAUUUAAAGAGAUCAUUUCAACUGAUGAAUUCGAAAAUGUUGGUCUUUUUGUUAUUCAUCUUACAGAUGUUAAUGAAGCCGGACACUAUUACGAAUUCAAUUCUGAGAAAUAUUAUGAACAAUUAGAAAAAAUAGAUAAACAGAUCAGUGAAAUUUUAUCUGAUUUAGAUGAAAAAGGAUAA